AGCGUGAAGGAGGUGCUGGCCGAGCUGAGCCGCAGGGGGCACCACAUCCUCGUCGUGGCUCCGGAGAGCAAGAUCCUGAUCGAUUCCUCCCCCAUGUAGGAGCUGAGAACGUACCCUGUGCCCCUGCAGCAGGAGGAGCUGCGGGAGCUCAUGCGCUCCUUCAGCAGGGACUGUUCCAGCCCAGAGCCUUUCCUCACCAGGCUCUUGAAGACCUGGGAGAACUUCCACAAGAGCUCUGCCACCUUCCAGGCCUUCUGCCGCCCCUUGCUGUACCACAGGGAGGUGAUGCAGCACAGUGAAGGGGGUGAAUUCGACGCCGUCCUCACCCACCCCCUGCGGCCAGAUCAUUGCUCUGCACUUCUCCAUACCCACUGUACUCCCUCCCCUGUGCCCUUCUGCCGCCCCUUGCUGUACCACAGGGAGGUGAUGCAGCACAGUGAAGGGGGUGAAUUCGACACCGUCCUCACCGACCCCCUGACACCCUGCGGCCAGAUCAUUGCUCUGCACUUCUCCAUCCCCAUUGUCCUCCCUCCCCUGUGCCCUGGACAUCCACCCCCACCCUCCUACGUCCCACGGAUGUUCUCCCUCCACAGGGACCACAUGACGUUCCCUCAGAGGGUGAGGAACUUCCUGAUUGCCCUUCCCGAGUCCUUCACCUGCAGCAUGGUCUUUUCUCCCUUUGAAAGCCUGGCCUCAGAGUUCCUCCAAAAACCAGUAACAAUUACAGAGCUUUUAAGCCACAGAUCCAUUUGGCUGAAGAGACUGGACUUUGUCUUUGAGUACCCUACGCCUGUGAUGCCCAAUAUGGUUUUCAUUGGAGGCAUAAACUGUGGACAGAAGAAACCAUUAUCUCAGGUCAGAGGCUGGCUGGGAAAGGUCUGA